AUGGCAAACGAUCACCAAUGGAUCCUUGACCGUCUGGACGGCGUCCUCCCCGACCAGACACUCCAGUUCUUGUCCGACCACGUGCUGGCGCGCGAGACGCCGUUCCAGGCGACGCUGCGGUGGGCGCAGUCGGCGGUGCAGCGCGGGGCGGCGGCGGCGUGGCCGGUGGUGCAGCCGGUGCUGGCGCGGGUGUCGGACGUGCUGUCGGACUCGCCCGACAUCGUCUUCGUCAUGACGCUCGUGGGCAUCGCCUUCGCGGCGCUGCAGAUCGCCCUGUGGGUGCACCGCGUCAUGAUGUUCUGGACGCGCCUGGUCUCGCGCCUGCUGCUGUGGGCCGUUGUCGCCGCCCUCCUGGCCGCCGUGUGGCAGCGCGGCCCCGAGGCCGUCCUGCGCGACGCCGUCGUCCUGGGCAGCAAGGCUGUCGGCUACGCCACCAUCGUCAAGAACAUCUGGCUGGCCGAGUACGACAAGUACGACUCGCAGACCAAGAACAGUCGAAAGGCCGGCCGGGCGAGGGGGACGGGCAGAUAG